AUGGUGGCGGCUAACUCUAAGUUAUCAUACGAGAGCUCUUUUCAGCAGUGUCUGGUGGAGGAAAACAGGAAGAAAAUGGAAGCACUCAAUCUGCCUCAGAUUGCUCUGCAGGCUCAUCGAUCCCCUGUUUUUGUUGAGGGAGUAUUGAUGCCUGGAAGGACCUACCACUCUAACAGGCACAAGGAUCAGAAGCUUAGGUAA